UGAAUGAAGGAUGAAACAGCUGACUGUGUUUACUUGUUAAUUUAUAAGUUUGUUUAAUUUUUCUAUGAAAUUGUCCCAUAAUGGAUAUUUCUAAUAUUUGUAGAGGCUGCAUGAACGAGGUGCCACCCCAGGAACAUGAGAACUUUGAUCAAAGAGCCAUUGACAUGUUCUAUUUUUGCACAAAUAUCGCGAUUACCGAGAGUGAGACAUUACCCAAGCAUUUCUGUGAUGACUGCUUCAGCAAGAUUGAAUCUUCCUACACAUUUAUUAAAGAAGCCCAUAGAGUUCAUGUGACACUAAAAAAUUUACUUUCCCGCUCACAAACCAGUGUCAUAGUGCAGCCAGAACCCGCCAGUACAAAUAUUACUCAACAAAUACCAAAGAAUAUUAUCCCUAACUAUUACCUAACAGAUUUUGAACUUAGUCCGGUAAAUUUUGUAGAGAAAAACUUGGCUGAUGAUGAUAAUGCAAAAUUCGACACAGACUCUACUGGACUAGAACAUUAUUUGCCAGUUGCAGAAACAAAUAUCAGAUUAAGUACAGAAAACCCUACAGGGGUCGAAGAAAGUGGAGAUAAUCAAGAAAAGUAUGUCUGUGCUAUAUGUCAAAACAGUUUUGCAAACCAAACCAGUGUUGCAGAGCAUAUAGAAAAUACUCACAUGAAUGAAACUAAGGUGGAUAAUCUUAAUUGUGAAGAUUCAGUACAAAGAGAUGCACAUAACAAGAAAAACCAGAUCUGUCCCAUAUGUAGAAAGGCAUUUACAUUUAAGGCCUGGUUGGACAGGCACAUGGGGAAAGAACAUGCGGGUCAAAAGUAUACAUGCAAACAUUGCACUAAAACAUUCCCAAAGCUGAGUAAACUGAACGAGCACGCCAAGUGCCACUCGACGGAGCGUUUAUUUACCUGCGGCGUGUGCGACGCGCGGUUCAAACGCCAGAAGGAGCUGACGGCCCACGCGAGGAAGCACAGCGAAGUGCGCCCGUACUCCUGCGAGCAGUGCGGGAUGAGGUUCAAGACGAAGAGCACGCUGCAAGGCCACUCGCUGCUGCACGAACAGAAGAAGCCACACCUGUGCUCCGUGUGCGGGUGGAGGUUUGCUCAGGUGGGCAACCUGCGAGCGCACCUGCUCACCCAUUCAGCCUGUAGCAGCCCGCGCCGCCGCCGCCGCCGCGCCGCGCCGCCCUGCCCGCACUGCGCCCGGCAGCUGGCUGAUCAUACUUCACUGAUGCGCCACAUCCGCACGCACACGGGCGAGCUCCCCUACAAGUGUCCGUACUGCGCGCGCGCAUUCAUCGACAGCUGGAAGCGCAAGGUCCACCUCAUGCGACAGCACCGGCUCGCGCUCGCGGACAUCCCGGCCAUGGCAAGAGACCCGCCCAGAGAUACGCUGAGCGAGUGAAAUUACGUGUG